ACUCACUCACUCACUCACUCACUCACAAACACUCUCUCUCUCCCUCUCAACAUCAUUCCCCCUGCACCCCACUCUCUAUCUCCGAUCUAUUCAUUUUUUGAUUACUAUAUAUUACUUCAUUCCCUUCACCACUCUCUAACCAAAUUCACUUCUCUCCCCUUUUAUUUCUAAAACCACCAACAAAACAUCCUUAACUUCAACUCCCUCUCAGUUACACGAGCGAUUUAGGGUUUCCGCACGCUCUCUCUCUUCUCCUAAGAGAAGCUCCGCAUGUUUAUUAAGCCCUAGCUCUCUACUCCAUCUCUUUACUAUUAUGGCCUCUUCCUAUCAGGGUUCCGUCAGUGCCGCCCAGGUCGGUUCCUACUUCGUUGGACAGUACUAUCAGGUUCUUCGCCAGCAACCUAAUCUCGUUCAUCAGUUUUACUCUGAUUCCAGCAGCAUGCUUCGCGUUGACGGAGACUCCGUUGAAUCGGCACACGAUGUGUUGCAAAUUCAUUCAAUUGUCAUGUCACUGAAUUUUACCACAAUUGAGAUCAAGACAAUCAAUUCUCUCGACUCUUGGGAUGGGGGUGUGCUUGUAAUGGUCUCAGGUUUUGUGAAGAUAAAGGAUGUUGGUGUGAGGCGAAAGUUUGUUCAAACAUUCUUUCUUGCUCCACAGGAGAAGGGUUACUUUGUAUUGAAUGAUAUGUUUCAUUUCAUUGAUGAUGGAGUAGCGUACCCAAAUCUGGUACCAACUGCGUCUGAAAAGAUUGACACACAACCACAUGUAUCUGCUUCUCUUGCUGAGCCACCUACUUCAGACUAUGGUUUGGAGGAAGAAGCUAGUGAAUAUGUCAACUCUGUUCAUAUAGAUGAUGAUCCAGUGGAUAAGUAUAGUCUUCCUGAGCAUCAUCAGCAGCUGCAAGAAGAUCUUGAAGCAGAAAUUGUGCUGGAGGAAACUCCUGCACGAGAGGUGUCUCCACCAAUUCCUAGUGUUGCACAUACCAUCCAGGAAUCCCCUGUCACUCUUUUGGAAGAGUCUUUGGAGGAGCCUCCUAAAAAAACUUAUGCAUCUAUUUUACGAGUCUCCAAAGGGCAGCCAGUGUUGUCAGCUGCUCCACAACAUGCUCCACAACAUUCUUUUAAAAGUGCUCCUCCUCCUUCAGAGUUGAACCAUGUAGCACAGCCUGCUGUUCAGCAGUCAAGCUCCGCGUCUAUGUAUAUUCCUGAGUCUGGGGCUGAGGCAGCAGAGGAAGGCUAUGGACUAGAAGAUGAAGGUGAAGUAACAUCUGUCUAUGUGAGAAACUUACCUGCUACUGUUACUGAAGCUGAGAUUGACCAGGAAUUUAAGAAUUUUGGCAGAAUUAAGGCAGAUGGAAUAUUCAUUAGGGUCCGAAAGGAAAUUGGAGUUUGCUAUGCAUUUGUGGAAUUUGAAGACAUUAUUGGUGUUCAAAAUGCACUUCAGGCUUCUCCCAUACAAUUGGCUGGAAGACAAGUAUACAUAGAGGAGCGGAGGCCAAACAGUGGCAGCGCAGCUCGGGGAGGAAGAAGGGGAAGAGGGAGAGGCAAUUAUCAACCAGAUGCUCCAAGAGGGCGUUUUGGUGGUAGGAGCACGGGAAGGGGAAGUAAUCAGGAUAACUCAGACUAUACUAGACUAAGAGGUGAUUAUCUUCAGCGUGGUUCACGAUAAGGAAAAUAAUGCAAAAGCAUGCACCAAGGUGCCAUUCGAGGGCUUAUACAAUUAGUGAUAUCUGAGCUUGAUGUGGGUAUUUACUGCACAACAUUUUCCUUCUGUGGUUUCAUAUAAAGAGUCUUGCGUUUUGGGUGUGUCUUUUUCAAGUAAAAGCUGUCGAAACUUCACUAGUUUGUUUUGCAAGUAUAGAUCGGUUAGUUCCCUUUGAAUGUGAUUUAUUAUGCCAUUCAGGUGGGAAAUUUUGGUUAUUUGUAUUGCCCCAUGUUUGGAUUGUGGGGCCUUUUUUAACGAGAAAGGGUGUUGAAAGGGAAAAAAAUGGUUUAGACUUCACUGCUGAAUUAUCAGGUGUCGUGGUGCAUUUUUGUGUGUUUUUAGCCCAUUUCCUUUGUUUAAACUUGUUUUCACAGUACCAUUGAAAUCUUGUAAUAUUUUUCUUCUAAUAUGGGGGCAUCGAUGACAUGAAGAUAACCAAACCUUGUCAUUUUGAUUUAAUGACUGAUUUUCCUUGAAAAUUACCAAAACAUUUAAUUAAAUUCCCAUAACGAGAAUGCGUGUCUAGAUUGGGGUGUGUAUAAUCUUGGUGAUGAAACACACUGUCUUUACUAAAGAAUCUUUAGAGUUCAGUACAGGGUUGUGAUGUAAUUCGUGAAACAUGAUAUUCUAAUUUUAAUUCUUAACUAAUGAAAAGUGUUGGAAUAAAUAAAAAAGAUGUACCG